GCCCACGCGCAUGCGGGAGGGGGGCCCGCCUGCCAGGUGGGAAAGCGGGGCUGGUUGGAAGGGGUGGAUCGCACCUGCUGGGGACGCGUUCGUCGGCGAAGAGCUGCUACCAUGAGGUUAAAUCAGAACAUCUUGCUGCUGGGAAAGAAGGUGGUGCUGGUACCCUACACCCCAGAGCAUGUGCCUAGGCCGACCCUCCGUCCCUGCAGGUACCACGAGUGGAUGAAAUCAGAGGAGCUGCGGCGUUUGACAGCCUCCGAGCCGCUGACCCUGGAGCAGGAGUAUGUGAUGCAACACAGCUGGCGGGAAGAUGCAGACAAGUGUACCUUCAUCAUGCUCGAUGCAGAGAAGUGGCGGGCCCAGCCGGGCGCCGGCGAAGAAAGCUGCAUGGCGGGAGACGUGAACCUCUUCCUCACGGAUCUAGGGGACCCCGCCCUGGGGGAGAUUGAGGUCAUGAUUGCAGAGCCCAGCUGCAGGGGCCAGGGCUUGGGCACCGAGGCCGUCCUCAUGAUGAUGUCUUAUGGAGUGACCAAGCUAGGUGUGACCAAGUUUGAGGCUAAAAUUGGGCAAGGAAAUGAACCGAGCAUCCGGAUGUUCCGAAAGCUUCACUUUGAGCAGGUGGCUGUGAGCAGUGUCUUCCAGGAGGUGACGCUCAGACUGACGAUGAGUGAGCCGGAGCGGCAGUGGCUUCUCGAGCAGACCAGCCACGUGGAAGAGAAGCCCUACAGAGCUGGGGCGUCGGAGGCCCGCUGACAGCCGGCCUUGCGGACCAGCCACCCUGUGUGGAUGGGGGUGUGAGACCAGAGCCCUGCAGCAGGCAAACAGAGGGGGCCUGUGGGGCAGAGUGCUCUGGCCUUGCUCCAGCCUCCUCUUGGGGCCCUUCAGACUCUGGGCUGGGCUUGCCUUGGCCUCCCUCUGGCUGGCCUUGUGGCUGAGCCACUCCAGGGCCAGCCCCUCCUCCUGGCCAGACCUGGACUCAGACUCUUGGAGUCUGGAGCGGACGGCAUGGAUCCAUGGGAAGAGGCAGGGUGGAGGUGCAGCUGGAGACGAGGGGGCGCCUGGUGAAUGGGCAGGACCUCCCUUUCCCCUGGAGGGCCAGAGGGGCCGCCGAGGCUCUGGCCGGGAGUAAAGCGCACUGCACACAGCU